GUGACAAGCAGAGGAGAAAGUCCUCUCCACGCUCCGGCCCCUCCCCGUCAGAGUCCUGCCCCCGGGGCUGGUGCCGCGGGAGCCACAGCGCCCCGCUGGCCUCUGGGACUCCGUGUUCCCGCAGGAGCGGGCGCUGGGCGCCUGGGGCACAGCCAGGCUCGGAAGAGCUGCGUAGCCCUUCCCGCUGGGGCCUUCCUAACAUGCAGCUCCCGGGCCUUCUGUCUGUGCUGGCACCAUUCUUCCUUCUGGGGGGCGUCUGGGACACUGGGCUGGUUGAGGGGUUCUUUCGCAGUCCGUGUCCCAAAAUCCAAGUAAAUUGCAAAUAUAAAGAAAGGAGCCAAUGUCAAAAGAGCAGAGAGUGCCCGGGGAAGAUGAAGUGUUGUGACUUUAACUGUGGAAAGAAAUGUUUAAACCUCAGUCAAGACCUGUGCAGUUUGCCAGAGGCCGCUGGCCCCUGCCUGGCCUACAUUCCACGCUGGUGGUACGAUAAAGAAAAGGAUGUCUGCUCUAGAUUCAUCUACGGUGGCUGCCAAGGAAACAGUAACAGCUUCCAGUCUGAAGCUAUCUGCCAGGACAUCUGCCAGAAAAGAUAGUUGCUGGAAUAAGGAGAACCGGUGCAACCUUGAGAUCCAGUAAAAACUCCAGCGUGGGGACCUCGUCCAGGUGCUCCCCUCCACCCUCCGAGCUGGCUCCCACUGGCCCCGCCUCAGCCAUGAAGACCUCACUGCUCCACCCCCUGGCUUUCUACUCCCUUUCCAGCUCAGCUUCUUCAAGCAUGUUAAAGUUGCCCCCCUGCUCAGCGUGCGGCCUUAUCUUUUCAACUUCCAGGGCCCCCACUUUUUUAGGAAGCCCGUUUCCCCCAAUAAAGUGCUCUG